AUGGUUUUGGACUACGAGGCGCAGUCCAGGGCAGGUAAGCGUCACCUCGAGAGUGUGCAGCGGGAUGCRGAGAGGUACAAAGACYAAGCGAGUGCGGCGAAGAAGCGGUUUGCUGACUCGYAGUCUGAGAUGACGCGACUUCGCGACCAGCUCAGCAAGGUGCAGAAGAAGAAUGAUGAUCUGACCGCGUCCAACGACCGUCGCUUCCAGAGGCUACAAGAUUGUUACACCAAGUUGAGGUUGCACGAGAAACGGGAGGAAAGUGUGCAGCAAGCGGUUCACGGAGCGAGGGUCGAGAUGGCGAUCAAGUUUCGGGAGACUCUGACUCGGAUUCAGAGGCAGCUGAGAGCAACUUACAACUUGUCUCAGAGUGACAGUCCUCCGGACUUUGUGAAUGAGGAGGCAGAACUUGCUGCGGUAGUGGCUGGAUCGGCGGGAGCCCAUCAAAGGCUUACGGAUGAGGUAGAGAACCUCAGGAAGAUUCUCAGUGCCCCACCGGUUGAGUUGGAUAACAGCGAGCAUGUCGAGGUUGCGGCUGCGUCGCUAGGCGUGUGCAACUUCUCGGGGACCAAUGGCGGGACCUCGGGAUUGCACGAUCUUCGCGCUAUGAAGGCCGCGCCGGUCCUUACUACCACGGGAUCGUCGCCUCCUGCACCAGAAGCGCUUGCUACUAUUGCUGCCGAUCCGACGGUGGUGUCUGUGGAGCUGGCGACCGAGGUUGUUGUCCCUCUUCCAGGAGGAGGUGUACUUGAGGAUGGCGAGACGGUGGAGAAGGUGCCAGAGGAGGCGACCAAGCGGGUAUCCGAGGAGACACCCGAGGAGGCGGCUGAGCAGAUUUUGGAUUUGGGUUUAGCACCUGGAUGGUUGUAUUCCUUUGUUUCGGACUUAUCGCAGUGA